CGUCAGGCCCGAGAUAAGAGCCAGCCAGAAUGUUCGCUAUAAUGCAGAUAGACAACGACGUCAGCGGCAGGGAGUUCAGAAGGAAGAUGCGAGCCAAGUGCGAAUUCAUCUGCAAAUACUGCCAACGCAGAUUCAACAAAUCCUACAACCUAAUGAUCCACGAAAGGACACACAAAAGCCCUGAGCUCACCUUCAGCUGCGAGGUCUGCGGCAAGAGUUUCAAGAGGCAGGACAACCUCAAACAGCACAGAUGUAGCCAAUGCAUCUGGCGGUGAAGGGCUUCGAAGACGCUUCCUGAGGGAAGAGCCCAAGCGUCAUCCCUCAGCACCACAACCCUUCAACAUCGACUAUAAAAUCACGCACAAUCCGGCCCCGACGCACAUCUUCAACACCAAACCCCCCCUUUUUUUUCAAGAUCUCUCCCCCAUCUUGAACCCAUCAUUUAUGAAACACUUUUACUCUACUUCUCAAAUCUGCAAGCAAAAAAAAAACUCAAAAUGCAACGAGUAUAUUCAGUAUUUAUUAUUAUUAUGUAAAUAAGUUGAUAUGAUGUUAUUAUUUUGUUUUUGUGUAAUUUUUGUAAUUCCUCUUGAAUCGAAGGCAAAGAAAAGUUCUCUCCAUCCAUCCAAAGGCCAGUAUUAAUUUUACAAAAUAGAAAUUCUAAAAAUUUGCGCACGCACACAGACUACAUACAAGAAUAGCUACGAUCUCUUCUAGUCUCUGGUAUUUCUUCUUGUGCAAUAAUUAAAAACAAAAAU